CAGCGUACGAUAUAAACCGAAUCCCUCUACUGGCGUUGUUGCAGAUUGGCGGCAAAAAAAUCUGCGUUGAAGCAGUUAAUGUUAAUCUGCAACUUUAAAGUUCAACGGAUCUGCCUAUAUUAUGCCCUCAUCGAUGCUCUUAAGAAGGCUUUCUACAUCCUUCCCUCGAUUUGAUUCCACCCAUUUUCUUUGCCCUAGGAAACCCGCCUUUCCAUUUUCUGUUUUCGGCUCCAAGCCCCAAUUUUUACCCACCCCCCGGUUUGUUUCGUCCAGCUGUAAAAUGAGCGAUGUCCGGAGGCCGGCGGCGGCGAGAAUCCCGCCCGUCGAUGUCGCCGACAGCGCGCAACUGUACCAAGCGCUCGAAUCCGCCGUGGGUUCGAGGUUCAGUUUGGAUCCGUUGGCGCCCAACCCUAACCCUUUGGUAAUUGUGAUCAGCGGGCCGAGUGGGGUGGGAAAAGACUCGGUGAUCAAGAAAUUGAGGGAAAUUCGGGAGGGAAUUCACUUCGUUGUCACGGCGACGAGCCGGGCGAAAAGGCCCGGCGAGGUGGACGGGAAAGACUAUAUUUUCUUGAGCAAGGAGGAGUUUUUGGCAAUGGCGAGGAGUGAUGAGCUUUUGGAGUAUGCAUUGGUGUAUGGGGACUAUAAGGGGAUUCCCAAACGGCAAAUUAGGGAAUUCAUGGCCAGAGGGUCUGACAUUGUGUUGAGAGUGGACAUACAGGGGGCUGCAACAUUGAGGAGGAUUUUGGGGAGAUCUGCUGUCUUUAUCUUCUUGGUGGCGGAGAGUGAAUCGGCAUUGGUGCAGAGGUUGAUCCAUAGGAGGACUGAGAGUAUGGAGAGUUUGCUUGUAAGGAUUGCCACGGCUCGGGAGGAGGUGAAGCACAUUAGGCAUUUUGACUACGCGGUUGUGAAUGCUGAGGGGAAGCUGGACAGCGCGGUGAAGCUCGUGGAGUCUAUUAUUGAUGCGGAGAAAGCUAAAGUGCGGCAAAGGACUGUGGUGAUAUAGGAAUUAUGUGAUAUUGUUUCGGUUUGCAAG